CCAGGGAGCAAGAGCGCAGGCUGCACCGGGGAGCGGGCACGGUGGACAUGCAGUACCGGCAGACUGCUUCUCCCAUAAAACGCUUCCGAUAUUGGGUUUAAGGAGACAGCUUAUUUGAAAACCGGCUUGGGCCGAGGGGAUCUUAUUCUUUCUGACAAAAAGAAUAGUACAAAAAAAUAAAAUUAAAAAAAAGGAACUCACUGACAUUUGGAAGAACCUGAUGGGUGGUGGGGAGGAGGGGAGAACGAUGCAGUUCCAGCCCGACUCGGUGAGCCGCGCAGUCCGCCUCCGACGCUGGUGAUGCCCGCCGUGCGUGGAUCACCGCCCAGCAGCAGCAGCAAGAGGAGGAGGAGGAGGUCGGGAUAACAAGGGCGUCAGGGGCCGAUGAUGUCGUUGGGAAGGUCGGGAUCAUGGCAAACGGAACCGGUACUAUCAUGUUAAAAUGCAUCGUGGUCGGAGACGGUGCGGUGGGUAAAACGUGUCUGCUGAUGAGCUAUGCCAAUGACGCCUUUCCAGAGGAGUAUGUACCCACGGUCUUUGAUCAUUAUGCAGUGAGCGUCAACGUCGGAGGAAAGCAGUACUUGUUGGGACUGUAUGACACAGCUGGUCAGAGAGGAGUUGUAUCUGGGCCCCAGUCAGCCUGGUAGCUCUUACAAAUAUGGUCCCGUCAGUAACGGCACCGUGGGCCGCAGGCCCACCCUUAUUGAACCGGCGCGUCUGAAGGACUUUGGUGUGGAAGAACUUCUCAACGGUGAUGUGAAAGUCCACGAAACCAAAGUAGUGAUGGCUCCUGAGGUUGUCCUCAUGGACCCCCCCAAAACCAGGCGAGUCAGCGAGUUCAGGAUGAUCCCGAGACCUCCUGCCCAGUACCUCCGCUUCGAGGACAUCAGCGCGGCAGCCUUCAGGAUCCAGUCAGGGAUGCAGAAGACGCCUUGCACGUACUCCAGAUUGUCCAAACAGUACGGGAUGGAGAUCUACCUGAAGAAGGAGCACCUGCACUACACCGGCUCUGUGAAGGAGAGAGGAGUGCUGUACCUGCUCACCUCCCUCACGCAGGAGCAGCAGAGGAUGGGUGUGAUCGUGGCCACUGACUGUAACUUCUACAUGGCCGUGGCGCACCACGCGGUGGAACUGAAGAUCCCGAUGUUUGUCAUCAUGCCGUCAAGUUGCUCCUCGCCCCGCCUCAGGAUCUACAGAGACUACGGCCCCAUGGUUAUCUCCUACGGCCGCACCGGCCGCGAUUCCCAGAACCACGCCUGCCAUCUGACCAAAGAGAAUGGAUACCUCUACCUGGAAGAGGUGGCUGUGGUGGUGAGCAGUGCUAACAUGGAGCUGGAAGUGGUGAGGCAGUGCAUGGACCGAGCUUUGGUGUUGGACAACCGGAUCAGUAAGUUCUCAGUGCAGCUGGGAGAGUGGCCAGGAGACAUGGCUAAGCUGCUGGAUGUUCUGACCAGAGAGGACGUCAGGUUGUUGGACGUCUGCCAUCGUAGACACAGCGAUAAGUCAGAGCUCUUCAAGGCAAAGGUGUGGUUUCAGAACCGAAGAGCUUGCACCCUAAAAUCAAAAGGAUCCAGCAAAGCCCAGUGGCAGUCUCAGAGCCCAGCUCACAGUCUACAGGCUCGCCACCACACACAGGCCUUUGCACCUCAAAUGCAGCAGGUGUUAAACAAUGGACAGUUUCCUCCUACCUUCAAUGCCACCGGAGCGUAUGGACAGUGUGGAGUCUCGUAUGGGAUUCAACCAGGAGGCUCAAUGGGCAGUAACCCCAGCUCAAACCUGUGGGAGUACAUGCCUCAGCCAGGCUGCCAAAACUCCACUGGGGUGCCUGCGUGGCGUCAGCCUUCCGUGGAGAUGGUAAGCUACAACUCAAGCUCCAGCCAGGCAGCCUCCAUGCACCCUAGUUCAGACAUACACGACCUCCUUCAAAUAUUCAAAGCAGACACUCCUGAUUCUGGAUUCUUCAACAGCAGCCGAGAGAGCAGCCCAACGGGUUGUCUGGAAGUCCCGACCCCACAGAUGAGGAGUAUUGGGGAGACUAGCAGCUCUUGAGGACGGCAGGGAUGCAGGAUAUCCGCCAGUGGUCCAGGAUAGCUCACUGCCAGUGCUGUCAUUGCAAGAUAUUAUGUGGGAGCUGAAUGAGGAAUGGCUGGGAGGAAAUGGACUGUACAACGGAGUCACUGGAGAGGAGCCCCCUUACUUCUGAUGGCUAUGAUGAGUAUUUUUAAUGGCUCAAGUGUUUGACGUAUUUUCAAAAUAUUUUUUUUUUUAAAAAGCCAUGUUUUUGCAGUAAUUACUGCACAUUUUUAGGAUUUUUUUUUUCUUCAAGUUUACUUAAAGAAAAAAAAAAAGAAACAAAAAUCAGUCGUUAUAUUGCAUAAUACUGUUUUCUUGGCUUCCCCUUUCCAAGAAUGUACUCUCAGCUAAUUCAUGACCAGAGAUUUGGCUCUGCUCAUAGAUGGUGCCUGUGAGUUGUAAAUAUGAGAAAAAGGGGAUUUUCUUUCUGUGCAGAGACAUUAUGGAGAGUAAUAUAAAAACAUGUUAAAUCCUAAUGAAUGCUGAAAUUAAAUUUAAUCUGUAAUAAGACUUUAUGUAAAAAAUAAUUUUAACAAAAAUAAUUUAUAGAUAUAGAGAUGUUAUUGUAUAAUGUUUCCAUUUUGAUUGGUUAAUUUUAAGGAUCUGAUAACAGAGGAUGUUGUUUGCUGUAAAGAUUAUGAAGCCCUGUGAGGUUAAUUAUUGGUUUGGGAAACGAAGAUGUUGAUAUAAUAUAUUUGAUUCUGUUAAGCUUUGUUCUUAUGUUGUAUGACUGACAUAUAGUGUAUGAUAAUAUAGAGAAUAUACAGUUAUAAAUA